AUGGAAGCACACGACGCCGCGGUGGCAGCAGUCGCCGAGAGAGUAAAGCAUUUCCACAAGGAACAGAAGCCCUUCCGAAACUACCACGGCUCGAGUCUCAGCACGCGGCCGUCAGACAGGAACAGAGACAAUAUCGUGGACACCAGCUCGCUCAACAAUGUCCUCUCCAUCGACAAGACGAAGAAGACAGCAUCAGUCGAGCCAAACGUCCCAAUGGAUGCGCUAGUCACGGCAACUUUGAAGGAAGGCCUGGUUCCUCAGGUUGUGAUGGAGCUUCCCAGCAUCACGGUCGGUGGUGGCUUUUCCGGGUCUUCCGGCGAGAGCAGCUCGUUCCGCUUCGGCCUGUUCGAGGCGACCAUCAACGGGAUUGAGAUUGUUCUUCCCACUGGUGAAGUGGCCACGGCCUCCAAUUCUGAGAAGCAAGACCUCUUCUGGGGUGCGGCUUCAGCCUUUGGGACGGUCGGUGUGGUGACUCUGCUGGAGGUCCAGCUCAUGGAUGCCAAGAAAUAUGUGGCCCUGACAUACCACCUGACGAAGGGGUUCGACAACACACUGGCGAAGAUCAAGGAGGAGACGGACAACAUCGACAAUGACUACAUUGACGGCAUAACGUUCACACCAGAAUCAUCGGUGAUAUGCUGCGGCCGCAUGGUUGACGACUUGCCUUCGGGACACAAGCCGCGACCCUUCACGCGCAGAGGCGAUCCGUGGUUCUACCUCCGGGCACAAGAUGCCCACAACCAGCUUUUGAAAUCCUCAGAGAGUGCCGUCACAGACUACAUACCAAUUUGGGACUACCUCUUUCGCUACGACCGAGGUGGGUUCUGGACCGGCCGGCAGGCCUUCCAGUACUUCAAAGUUCCUUUCAACCGUGUCACCCGCUACAUCCUUGAUCCAUUUAUGUACACGCGAGUCAUCAACCAGGCACAAGCCAAGACCGACUUCUCAUAUCACUAUAUGAUACAGGACUGUGGUAUACCUUACCAGAAAUGCAGCGAGUUCAAGACGUGGCUGGAUGAGAACGUUGGCCUCUACCCUCUCUGGCUAUGUCCUCUGAAGGCACGUCGAGACUCACCCGGGUCAUGUCAUGGGAUCCACGCGGCGAUGGGAAAGCGGGACUACUCCGACCUGCUGAACUUUGGCGUGUGGGGCCUCAUCUCCUGGAAUCGCCGAGACGUCCUCAACAAGAACAAGGCGUUGGAGGCGAAGGUGCGCGAGCUGGAUGGGUGGAAGACUCUAUACGCUCACACGUAUUACACUGAAGAGGAUUUCUGGUCUGUCUACGACAGGGAGUCGUAUGACAUCGUUCGGGCCAAGUACGGUGCAAACUAUCUGCCCAGUGUGUAUGAAAAGGUUAGUGUCAAAGUCGAUCUCGAUGCUGAGGAGGCCGCACAGCGUGCCUCGGCGAAGGCCAGGCUGAAGGGGAGGGUGAAGUCGACGUGGCCGACACGAGGGCUGUUGGGUUUGUACCAUGCUAUCCGAGGAGGGGAUGUGCUGCUGCAGAAACAGGCGAAAACACCAAAGGCGCAGUAG